GUAUCCAACUGCCAAAGGAAGAUGAGAUUUCAGUACCUGUGGCUUCAGGUUCCCCAGUAAAAGACACUGGGGAGACUGUUGAUCUUGCCAUUGAACAGGAAGAGAAGAUGAAAGAGGAACCUUUAACCAUCUCAGAACUGGUGUACAAUCCCAGUGCCAGUUUGCUGCCCACUCCUGUUGAUGAUGAGAUUGAUAUGCUCUUUGAUACCUGUCCAAGAGUAGAGAAUGAGAAAGAUGAUACAGAUUCAUUUGAGGAACUGGAAGCAGAUGAAAAUGCAUUUUUGAUUGCAGAGGAGGAAGAACUGAAAGAAGCUCGGAGAGCACUUAGGUGGAGCUAUGACUUUCUAAUGGGCAACAUAGAGGUGAAUGCCUUUGUGAAGAGUUUCUCCAGACUUCUCCUUGUAGGCCUUGGACUGUUGUUGUUUCUGUUCCCUCUUCUCCUUGUUCUCUUGGAGUCGGACCUUCAAAUCUCAUUUCUCCAUGAAAUCCGUCAGACGCCAGAGUUUCAGCAGUUUCAUAUUGAGUAUUACUGCCCGCUUAGGCAGUGGAUGGCUUGCAAAAUAAACUUAAUUUGCGACAUGCUGGGCAGCUUUUAAAUUUUGAAUAAAUAUGAUACAACUAAGGGCUAUAUUCAAAACUUCAGUUAGUGCCAGCUUUCCAUAAUGCCCCUGGGGCCAUCAGGCAGUAGCUGUUUUCAUAUCGAAGUUCAUUACAUACUCUUUUCAGUUUGUAAGUUCCCUUUACAUACUUAAAUUGCCUCUUUAGUAGCAGACUUAUACAGUCACCUUUGAGUAACCAAAAAUGAGCUUUAUUUUAAUUGCAUUUCAGACUUCCUGCUCAUCUAUUACAGCAUGUAAGUUGAGAUCACAAUAAGUUUCCUUGUCCUUAACCUUUCAAUCCAUGAAACUGAAAGAAAAAAUUUUUUGAGUAUACUCCUUAGUGCAGCAAUCUCUUCUAACCAAUGCCUAUACAAGCAAUGUUUAUGCUGGGUUUUUGUUUUUGGUUUGUUUUUCUGUUUGUUUGUUUUUUACAUUUUUAUGUGUUUAAAAUAUUUUGGUAAUUUUUUAGCAAAAGACAACUUCAGAUUUAAAUGUACAAAUUGGUAUGAAAAAUGCACAAGGGCAUGUAGGGUGUUUUUAAUGUUUUAGCAAUGAUUUGUUUUUAAACUACUGGCUGGAGAAUGAGUCAGUUUGACAUAGCUCUAUACAAAGGAACAGUGGUUUGGGGAAAUAUAUAGAAAGUUCACUCAAGUUCAGUAAGCGCUGCCUGGAGGAAGUGAAAGGACACCAAGAGCGCAGAAGAAUUUCUGAAAGGCACAGUUGUAAAGCUUGGGGAAGUGAGGAAAACGGAAAGUAAUGAUCGUUCCUCUUACCUGUCAGAUUGUCUUACACUAUAUCAGUGCUGUAGAAAGUCUCUGCAAGAUAGCCCAAAUAUGUUUUGGAAGAGAGUGAGUCUUCAGUCUAAAUGUAGAUUAUUGUACAUAACAUGGAAGAAGAUAAU